AUGAGCGCUAUUACACGCAUGUCCCCACUGGACUUGCUAUCCUUGAACCUUACCAACCUGGACCCUUUGACGGAGAAUUAUGACCUCGGCUUUUAUUUGAACUACCUCACAAAAUGGCCGUCACUGUUUAGCGCGGUGAAAGAUCGCGAUGCAGGCGUUGUUGGCUACAGUAAGUACUUUGGUCUUUUCUCCUUCAAAAAGAGGACAUCAUAUACUAACCAAUUGGCUGCAGUUAUGGGCAAGCUUGAAGAACAACCCUCUCAUAUGCGACAGUCUGAGCACUAUACCCCAUGGCACGGUCAUAUUACAGUGUUAACUGUUGCACCCGCCUGGCGCCGAAUGGGCCAUGCAAGUGCACUUACUGAGCAACUGGAGCGCGGAUCGGAUAUAAACAAUGCCUGGUUCGUGGAUCUCUAUGUCCGCGCAGGUAACAAAGUGGCAAUAGAUAUGUACAAAGGAAUGGGCUACUCGGUCUUCAGGCGAGUGAUCAGUUAUUACAGUGACGACCCAACGGGCAUGUCAGACAGUGGAGAGGAUGCGUUUGAUAUGCGAAAGCCAUGCAGUCGAGACAAAAAGCUGGAACAUGUACGAGAAAAGGGCGAAGACUUCCCUGUACAUCCCCAGGAUGUUUCAUAA